GCUAUUCUUUGCUAGACUGAGGUAUCAUUGGCGCACCUCUUCCCCGAGCAUGACAUGCGAAGUGACAACAGACGUCCCAAUCAGCCCCCUCGACUGCCCCCGAACCCCACCAGGGUGGACAGACUAGUGGGUGAGAUGCAGAAGGAGCAUCCAAAAGUGCUGAUGCUGAUCUCCAAAGCUGACGAAGUGCUGCGACAAUGGCAAGACAUAGUUUCUCAGCCGAUCCCUCCAGAGGUCAUUAUCACCAUGGACCAGUGGUUGGCAGCCAUCCGCAAAGUGCAGGCCAGAAGGCGAGAGGACACUAAUAGCCAGGCCAAUCGUCAGAGACACUUGCCAGUGGGUCCUGUGAAUGGUUUCAUGCCUGGUAUGAAUAACAUGCAGGGUGGCAAUUCAUCUCGCGGACACGAUGACAAAGACCGAAUUGCGUUGUGUCAAGCGGUGAAGGAACUGGCUGAAAUCACUCGAAAAGCGAGGAACAUGCAAUGGGUCUUUCUGCAGUUCACUCGAGAGGCCGUCCAGAAAAUCCAGAAUCACAGCAACGAUGUGGCCCAAGAGUCCAAUAUGUCUAGUGUAAACGCCUUGCUGGCCGAGGCCACUGAGAAGCGACUGUUGUCAGAGGAUAGCGAGGACUCGGUUUUUGAGUCUUUACCGCGGCAGAUUUGGAGCACUGCUGAAGGUGGGUUCUUCUGAACGUAAAAAGUUGUGGAAAAUUACAAAAAUUGACACUCAACUGAAGUUUUUGAAAAGCGGACAAAAAAUUGUCCAUAAAUGUGUGCCUUAUGUGAUAGAAGCUUUAAUUCGCAUGUGCUAAUAAAUUUAUGUGCAAUAGUGAUUGCGUUUUUUUUUCAUGAGCGCUGAGUUUUCUUAACAGAUGGGUGGCUAAAAUUGUAUGUUACAUGCAAGAGAAUUAUGUGUACCGUCUUUUGUUAAUUUGAAUGUAAAAAUCCUUAAAUUAUGCUUUUAUGUUCCAGUCUGCAGAGAAAAAUUGCAAUACAAAUUUUUAAUGACCACAUCUUGAAGAUGUAAAUUUUCGAAAUUCUUUAAAUUUACCUCAAAUAUUACUCUUCUUUGUUUUCGGUUUGUUUAUACUUUCUCCAAUCAAAUCACUUCAAAGUUCUAACGACUUUUGACGCUCAAAAGCUUCAAAUAUCUCUCGAAACAUGUUCAGCGGGCAUCAAAAGUCAGAAACUCAACAAUGAUUACUUUGCAGUAAAACUGUACUAGUAACAGCUGAUUAUUAUAAUUUCAAAUCUGAGCGUCGCUUAGUGUUAGUUAAAAAAUAAGACCCAAAUUCAGUUUUGGGAUUAUGGAGCUACUGAUUAAUUGUAUGUAACCAAGCUAUCUUGUUUUGCUAUUUUCCUUAUUUUGUAGUUUAUCUUUAGAUUUCCUUGUCUGGUUUUUAACCAGCGCUUCCUGAUGCUUUUUGAUUUGAACUAUUCGUCCGAUAUUGAAAUAAAUACCUUCAAUUUGCAGACAUAAUAAUCAAUGUGAACAUUCAAUUGUUCAGCAGGUUUCGUUUAGUCUCAUUGCUUUGUUAUUAAGUGCAGAAAAUAUUAAACAGCUGUAGUAUCUUCGAUGAGUUUUCCGAAGUUACGAAACAACCAUGCUCAGUGUAGGGUAGUGAGUUAGCGCUACUAUACAACUACUUCAGUAUUAGUUAUGACCAUCAUCGCAUUAUUUGCAUAUUCUGUUAGUUUAAUUUUUCACAAUUACCAAAAAACUUAAUUAAUUCUGUUAAUUUAACUUCCAUCGCCCAUUUGACAGACAAGUAUAUUCGCUAUCAAAGGGCGUAGAAUUGUAAUAGACUUUUGUUAAUGAUCAUCUGCGAGUUAAAUUCGAUGUGUUAAUGCUACUAUUUCGUGCCAUUUGAAAUAAGCAAAGCAAUCAGUGAAGCUAAUACGUUUUACAUGUUACCUGCAUUUCUUUCUCAGGUUCUCUUAGUUUCUUUUUGAAAUAAAAGUUUCAACA